AUGGCCACUGGAAUGAUGAAGACUGAGGUUGUUGUCCUCAAAGUCCUGGCAUCUUCUUUUCGAGUGCCCGAAAUCUUCAUGAAGCAGAAUCCAACUGGAGAUGGUCCAUCUCUGAUUGCCUCGGGAUACUCGCAGGAUACACUGAUCCUGAUUAAGGAGAAUCUGACCUGGAAAGAUGCUCUGAAAUACUGCAGGAACCAUCAUCAUGACCAACAAGUAGAGAAGCGGAGCAGCGCAAUAAAAGUAUUUCCGUUCACCUGCCAUGAGAAUAAGCUGAUCCUGAUUAAUGAGACUCUGACCUGGAAAGAAGCUCUGAGAUACUGCAGGAACCAUCAUCAUGACCUGGUCUCAGUGCGCACUGAGGAGAUGCAGCUCUGGGUGAAGGAAGUGGCUCAAAACGCCUCCACUGAACACGUGUGGCUCGGCCUGCGUCACACCUGUGCUCUGGGCUUCUGGUACUGGGUGAAUGGAGAGAUGAUCUGCUACCAGGACUGGGCUCCGGGCAAUGGGACAGGGUUUGAAGACUGCAGCCAUGAGGAGAGAACCGGAGCAGUGCAGUCUGGUGGAGAGCAGAAAUGGAUCAGCCUUCCUCAGAGCAAAAAACUCAACUUCAUCUGCUCUACCUAUGAAGAUAACUGA